AUGCCCGCCUUCGUGCAGGACACCCUCUCGACAAUCGAUUCGCAGUCUUCUGGUGUCGUCCAUCUCGACAGCCCAGCUCGGUUUGGCCUGGACGAGGGGAAGCUCAGCCUCAACGGGCCCAAUGCUCGCCAGCCGCACUCGCACACAUCGCACGAAAGUUUCGGUGAGAGCUCUACUAAUUCCACAAAAUCUACCAACACGUCGCGCACGUCUGUCGAACUUGAGCGCCGGCCGACCGACGACUGCUUGCAUCUGCCGAGCAUGAUUCCGCAGCCGAAUGGUUGCGUCCAGGGAGGAGAAGAUGAGGUUGUGAACGGGGCGAGAGUCAACGGGGCUUCGUCACAGCUGCUCGGCAAGAGCAUGCACACAUUGGUUGACCGAACCAUCCCCAGAUUGGCGACCAAAGGAAAGGAGAACGGCUUGUCAAUGGAACAUGAACGCCACGAUCUCUCAUCAGAUUCCAAGCCAGAUCAACCCCAACAGCCCGAGACCAAGGCCGAUAGCCGCCCAGUCGAAAAUGAAACCGCACCCGCCGAGACUCCUUCGACGUCGCGACUAGAAGCUCCGAGCUCGGCUCAAGUCCAAAAUCUGCAGAAGACAUCCCCUCAUCGUUAUUCGUCACCCCCUAUUUACGAGCCGGGUCCGAGCUCAACAAGCACUCUACAAUCUGCUCCGACACCAGGGAUCAGACAGCGCCAUACGUUGGAGGUUCCAAAGGUGUCUCAAUCCCGUUCAUCACGGGACAGUGCCGAUGCUGCUUAUGCCAGUGGGCGAUUCUCCCCGACUAUUCCCCCUGCCCCUCGUCGUGCAUCAUUGAGCCUGGGAAGGAGGAACACACGGUCGCUACACUCGGAAGGGCCGCGCGAUGAGAUAAUUCCGGACGAGGAUGCCAUGCGGUGGGCGGAGGCGUUGAGGCAGAAGCGGGCCAGCAAGAGGAGGCGAAGAGAGCUCGAGGAUGACGACAGGGUGCUGGUCGGCACCAAGGUCGACGAGUCGCACGCCAACUGGGUGACAGCGUACAACAUGCUCACUGGCAUCCGCGUCGCCGUGUCAAGAACCAAUGCCAAAGUCGAUCGCCCCCUUACCGACGAAGAUUUCGAAGUCAAGCAGAAGUCGACAUUCGACAUCGCCGGAAACGAGCUGGUCCCGUCAGCCAAAUACGACUUCAAGUUUAAGGACUACGCUCCCUGGGUUUUCCGCCACCUGCGCGCCCUUUUCCGUUUGGAUCCCGCGGACUACCUCAUGUCUCUGACGGGCAAGUACAUCUUAUCCGAGUUGGGAUCCCCCGGCAAGAGUGGGAGCUUUUUCUAUUUUUCCCGUGACUACAAAUACAUCAUCAAGACCAUCCAUCAUGCGGAACAUAAGUUCCUCCGCAAGAUACUCAGAGACUACUACCAGCACGUCAAGGAAAACCCCAACACCUUACUCUCACAAUUCUACGGCCUUCAUCGGGUCAAGAUGCCCUACGGCAAGAAGAUUCACUUCGUCGUCAUGAACAACCUGUUCCCUCCACAUCGGGAUAUCCACCAGACUUUCGAUCUGAAAGGGUCAACAGUUGGUCGGGAGUACAAGGAAGAGGACUUGGAGAAUAAUCCGAGGGCGACGCUGAAGGAUAUCAACUGGAUGCGUCGGAAGAGGACUCUCGAACUCGGCAUACAGAAGAAGAAGCUGUUUCUUGAACAGCUCCAUAAGGACGUGCGCCUAUUGCAAAGAUUGCAAAUUAUGGAUUACUCUUUGCUGAUAGGCAUUCAUGAUCUCCAACGGGGCAACGAGGAAAACCUGAGGGACAAGACUCUGCGUGUCUUCAACCCAGGAGGAAACAGUGCCGAGGAUAAUGAUCCGAAUGCCGUCCUUAUGCGGACCCCUUCCAAGCUGGAGAAUCAGCGCAAGGCGAGAGAGUUGCGGCAAAUGAUUCAGUCCGAGAAGCCAGUUCCGAUGAACGAAACGGACAGCAGGAUGCCCGAUGAGCUUGACGAAGGACACAGCCGGCCUGGUUUCAUUUUCAACCAAGAUGACGGAGGUUUCCGCGCGACGCACGAGGACAACAGCCCCGCAGAUGAGAUCUACUACCUGGGUGUUAUCGACUGCCUCACUCAUUACGGCAUUGUCAAGAAGCUCGAGCACUUCUGGAAAGGCCUUUCGAGUGAUCGCAGUCAGAUUUCCGCUCUUCCGCCAUAUGAAUAUGGCGAGCGGUUCAUCAACUUUAUUGAAAAAGUGACCAUGUCGCGCGAGGAAGCAGCCAGGCUUGCUCAACAACAAGAAGAGCAACAAGCUGCUGAGGCCGCAGCCAAAGAGCGUCAGCGCACUGCCAGCUGGGGCAGCCUAGGCCGCAAGUCUUCUUCGAACAUCCCUCCCGCUCCUAGCUAUCAUCCUCCUCCUCCUCCUCCUCCUCCUCCUCCGGCCUCAGGACAGACCGACGCCACGCCGGAUCGGACGGCAAGGACAGUUUCCUCAACACCUACGAUUACCGUUUCUGGCCGGGAGCCGACCAUACUUCCAGUAGUCGAAGAAGCUGCCGAGGGUCCCUCAACCGGAAACCCGAGCCAGCAGGGCGACAGUCGACCGUCGACCUCCGCUAAAGAUGGGGAUGACCGACCACGCGGCUUUGGCUUUUCGCUUUCUCGCCUGCGCAGCAAGUCACGCCCUCCUCCAACUCCCCCGAAAAAUGAUGCCAGCAACGGGCUGCUGGCAAAGCCUGAAAGCGCCGAUAGUGGAUAUGCGGAGGGCAACAACGGCAGCGGUAGUGAAGGGCCCGCGAGAUCGGAGAAGUCCCUGAAGAUGCACGAUUACUCUGGCAAUGAUGGUUUGGGCAAGGCUCUUCCCCCUCUCCCGCACCAAGAUACCCCGGCUCGGAUGCAGAAUGUUUCGUAG